ACUAGCGCACAAUAUUUAAUACGGUUUCAUAUUCUGUAGUGCUGUAUUAGUUAGCUACCUGUUCCCACUCCCCACUCCCAAGAACCAAAAUUAAACCAUGAACCAAACAUUCACAUCUUCUCCUUUGUGGGAUCAUCAGAUGCCCUACUAUCCACAGACAACCUGCGGAUCAUUCGAAAACAACAUUAAUCCAUACUACGAUCCUUUCGAUCCCACCGCACCUUAUCAUCAAACCUCGUUUUCUCCGAGCUUCACAACUGCUGCUGUUAUUCCUGCGGCGACUGAGCAGACUACCAUUCUGAGCCCGGAGAUUUCUUCGUCGUGCACCGGAAACAGCGGCGAGAAAAGCGCGAAACCUAGUACGGCGGCGGCGGCGAGAAGGCGGUCGAGGGCCUCCAAGAAAGCCCCCACCACUCUCCUCAGCACUAGCAUCGCCAACUUCCGCGCCGUCGUGCAACAGUACACUGGGUGCCGUCGUCUCGCGUCGCCGGCUUCGUUCAAGAACCGUAGGGGUCCGGUUAUUUUAAGCUUUGGACGGCCUGCUGACCGGAAGCUGUCGGCGGAGGAGGAUUCUGGCCGGAGAUGUUACUCCGACGAGGAUCGCUGUCAGAAUCUGCAGGAACUUCAUCAUCAUCAGUAUCCUAAUGCGGAGUUCCGACAAGGACAGGGUGGACAGCAACAACAGCGUGGGGUUUCAUAUGAUAACAGUUCUCAUGACAGUUAUAUUUCGGGUGUUGAUAAUGAUCAUAGUUGUAGUAUGCUUACAGUGGAUGAUUUUGAAUGGUAAGAGAAGUUUUUGCACAAAUUUUAA